CCUGUCACGGCCCUAGCUAGCUGGUCACUAGUCACUGAGUCUGUUGUCGACGAUGUCGUGUGUUGUCGUGGUGUAUUUUUAUUUUUCUGUUUUCUGGUUUGAUCGCACACUACAAAAAUUGUAAACUAUGUCACUGUCUUGUGUUACAAACUGCGUUACCAAACAUGUACUGUAGUGGCUAUGUCUCGUCUUCAAAGUGGAUAAAAUACUGGAAACGUUGUGAUUGAGCAAUGGCUAGUUCUGGGUACCCAUACAAACUGAGCCGUGGCGAGGAGCGCCGGCUAGUUUCAAAUCUGAAAAGGUCAACAGCUUCUCAUCUGACUCCAGGAAAUGCGCACGUGAAGAAUCCGUCAAUAGCUGCUGGUUCUGAAAUCACACAGGCGAAAAGUGUGCGUGAGAGCUCAGAUGAUUCGAUAGGAUUUACGCACGUGGCUGAACCUAGCAUUGGCAAUUCUCGGGAUGUCCGACAAUCAGCAGGAAAAAGGCAGCUGGCCAGUGCUAAUGAGACUGUGCGUAAGACAUCAGCAACUGGGCCCAACAGUGGUGAUGCUGCUACACCAGCUGAUGGCAAGAAAACAAGACGCGGGCAGCAUGGAAAUGACGCCGUGAGUGCCUCGGGCAGAGGCCCUUGUGCCAGCGCCACCGGCCGUUAUUCAGACUCCGUUGAGCCGGCCGGCAGGCAACCGGCGGCCGAGGUGAAUCAGGCUGUGGCGAGUCGGGACGGCGGCGUCUCCAGGAAUCCGGUAGCAAGGACGCGCCUUGCUCCAACGUUCAGCGCAUCACAUGUACCCCCGGCGGCGGCCGACAGUGGAGCAAUGGCCAGCCACUCAGAUCUGCCACAAAACAUCUCUCUCAGCCAGCAACGGCCGGCCGCACCCGGUGGCAACCAAAUCAGAGCAACCUCGUCACCGAUGACAGAUCUUGCGGAGCGAAAGGACCGCCGCCUUCGCCAGAAGCCGAGACCUUGGCUGCGUGCCGAUAGCAGUGAGGAUGAGUGUGCGGAUCGGGGUGACGAGCGUUUGGGCUCGGAGCGACGUCGCAGUCGCACAUCUCCUGACAACAAUGACAGCUUUGAAGAAACGGACAACACGACAUCGGGAUAUGACCAAUCUAGCUCCGACUCGUCCGCGACUACUCCUGAAGAUGCAGGCGGUGCCGCGGGGGACUGCCCAGAUAGUGAUUAUCUUGCCUCGCUGUCUAGUGAACAACUGGAGGGCUUGGUUUCGCAGAGUCCAGGCAGUGACGUGCCACCAACACAUCUCCAGUACAGGGGCAGUGCUGCGCGACCAUUCACCGGAAGAUCGCAACCAAGCGGAGCAGAGGCAGCUGCGGCAACAGAUUUUGGCACACCAGAUGCAGCUGGUGAUGAUCUGGCCGAGCAAAUCGAGUUGGAAAAGACAUUGGAGGCUUCAUUGGCCUUCACGAGAAGUCAGCGGCGUAGCGCGCAAAGCCGUUCAGUGCCGCUGCCCGCGAGUAGAGCACAAAAUGCUGGAACCCAGCGCACCUCAAAGCAGCCGCAAGCCACUGUGAAAUCUGUUGCAAAAGUAGCUCCAUCCCUUGGACUAGCUUCAACCGAAAGGCGACAUCAACAACAGAAGCAGCAAGAGUAUCUCUCAGAUGUCGAGCCACGAUUGCCGUCAAGUAAAGACAAUAUCGACUUUGAUCGGAUACAAACACGGGUCAUGCACGAAGUGAAAGCGCACAAUCUCAAGUCCGACUGGAGCACCAGGCCAGAACAGUUCCUUGACCCAUCAGACGGCAUUCAGUAUGCGCACGGUUGUGAGCACUCGGAGAGUUUGGAAUUUGACGGACUUCUACUGGACUUUGGCGGCUACCGUCUGCCACAGCAGGGUGACGCGGAGUGGACCGAUAGCAACGUGAUGAUUCGUCCUAUGCCCUUCUACUCAUGCCUGCAUCGUCUACCGGUCUCGGAGGCCGAUAAGCGUGGCCGAGUGCAUGCCAGAGCGUGGGACGAAGCCAGCGGUCGGGCCGUCGUCAGCUCAGAUAUCACUGUGCCUGUUCGAUAUGCUGUGUGCGUGCGUGGCCCACUGGAGCUUGAUGAUGGUGUGAACGCUGAGGUCGAGAUUGAGGGUCCAGGCAAGGCCGCCGCAGAGAAUAUUGCUCGCAUUUGCCGAAGCCUGGAGUUUCGUGCGUACAAGACCUACGGAGACCCCGCGCUGCAGGAGGUACGGAUUGACAUUCGUGUCCUCGAAGAGACGGACGCUAUUAACUGUCUGAACGCUAUACGCGAUCAGAUCCACGGUAUGUAUUACCGGCGCGAGGCGACGCGACUUGAGGAGUGGCGUGUCCGUUUCCGAGACCUUGCGCCGCGCGAAGGCUCGAGCUUCACCAACGCAAAGUCGUGGUACGGCUGUGCAAUGAACGCUGCCCAUCAGCUGGCGGCCAAGAGCAUCUUCAACUUCUACAACUUUGCUCGAAGUCCGUCGCAGGUAGAUCUCCAUCACCUUCGAGUGCAUCACCGGGAAGCCGAAGCGCAUCUCAAGCAGGCGAUGGUGGGUAUAUCUGAAAUGGCUGUGGACAGCAGAGAAAGCGAAAAGUACCUGGAGGUGAUAGCGGGCAAGGGCAUCCACAGCCGAGACAACCAAGACGGAAGACUGGUGAAGGAGGUGAAACGACUGCUCCGUGCCUGGCACAAGCAACCACCGUCGGGUGUCAGCCACUACAUACAGGUCCGCGAGGUCAACCAGGGCAGCUUCCUGGUGCUCUUUGCUCCCUACAAUGGCCCGUCGCCUUGCUUUGGCGUCUUCUACUGCCACAUCGCCGAGGACGAUGAGGACACUGAGUUCACUCAGUGGCAACGGCCAUGCCACCACACGUGGGACAGUAUACGCGUGUUUGUGGACAUCGACAAGCGAACUCAAAAGCCAGUCAAGAAUUGGCGGCAACGCUGCUACCGUUGCUUCAAGAGGAACGACCGAAUGGAUGUAGAGUGCCUGCGCUGGAUGGAACCUGUGAUGCUGAGCCAACGGCGCCCGUCACAUCGCCUAGGUAGACUCUUCGUGAUGGAGUACUCGGACAAUGCGCACAGGACCUACGCUACGCAUGACCCCGAGCUGUGCGAGCUAUGUCUGCAUCUCCAGCGGACCGGCAAUGGCCAGAAGUCGUGCGAUACACUGCCCAGGGCCAUACGUUACCGUUAGUUCUGCGCAGCGUGCUGCACAGCAGCUUGCGUGUGUCCCAAUCACACCACCGUGGCGUGCAGUACACCGACGUCAGCACCAUGCUGCCCGGCUUGUGUUGUUUUCCGGUCGCCCAUCGGCCAAGUACGUGUGAGCACUACUAGUAUUGUGCUGCUUUCAGUGCGUCUGGUGUGUGUGUGUGUGUGUGUGUGUGUGUGUGUGUGUGUGUGUGUGUGUGUGUGUGUGUGUGUGUGCGUGUGUGUGCGUGCGUGUGUAUGUGUGUGUGAGUGUGAGCAUUACCGGCCUCUUGCUGUUUGCAGUAUGUUUGGUUAUUUCCCGGAGUGCAUGUGGCCAAGUCCGUUGCCGGACGCAGGACCGACUCGGCAUGCCGCAUCGUGAUCAUUCACUUGUGCAACUCCCCUCGAACCUAUCUCUAUUUGCUGAUGAGGUAGUUGUGUUGAUGUAAUCGUUGCUACACAUAGAGUGCAUAGAGUGCUUCAAGCACAAACUACUGUCUGUUUUUUUCGCUGUACUUGUUUUAUUCUAGCUGCACUGGAAAUGAAAACGGACUACGACUCUAAGAACUGAAGAAAAAGAAAAAUCUAUCAAAUAGUUCAAUUAAAGCAGCAAAGCAACACGCCACCCGACUUGGGUGGGUCAGAAAUAUCAAAGAUAACUGCGGAAGGGGAAGCUUUGCAGACACAAAUCGAGCAAAACAACACGCCAAAAUCUAACGGUACUCCUCAUGCGUGAUACUGUGGUGGAGGAAUUGACUACAAUAACAAGUCCAGUGCAGCUCAAUGAAAUCCAGUAGCAAGAGUCAAGUUGGUGCUGUGCACCUUUUCGCAGCCCAGUAUUCACAGGUCUAGGGCUGGGCAACGCCCCGCGCGUACUUGAGGAACUCGACUGGAUUUCAUUGAGGAACUCGACUGGAUUUCAUUGAGGAACUAGACUGGAUUUCAUUGAGGAACUCGACUGGAUUUCAUUCAGCAGUACUGUAGUUUCACACGACAUACGAUUUGGUUUGUAGCGUCUCAUCAGGUGUGCACAGUUUAAUUAACUCGGUUACUGAGCAAAUUUUAAAGAAAACACAUGUGGGUAGGAGUUUAUUCGUAACUCUGCCCCACCCAAGUUGGGUGGGUGGUAUGUUGCGAUGCUGCGUCGAAUUGUAGUUAAGUUCGACCGCAUUGUCAACAGCAUUGUCAACUACAAUAUUUUCAUUGACUUCUUACCAAUUUUCCCAUCCCUACAACUAGUGCCGAGUUUUCUAUAAGUAAGAUGAGAUGGGUCGUCUUCACCAAG